AUGUCGGAUACAGCUACAGAACCAGUCCGAGUCUCCCCUGAGGUCGUCGACUCUCUUCCUCCUUCUCGGUCUCCUUCCCCCCUUCCCCCAAGUGGUGGAGUGCCAAUUGCAUGGAGUCCAGUACCUCCGAUACUUGGAAAUCACAUUCCCAUGGGCUUCGUGCUGUUCACUUUGCAGCUGCCCAAUACGCGCCGCAGGUCGUUCCCUACCGGGAAUAAUAGUCAAGGGGCGCUUGUACGCAGACCAGAGUCGUACCAGGCAGCAGCAAAGGUCGCACUCCGAUUCCUCGGUGAUAUGUUGGGGGUUACUUCAGUGGACGACAUCCUCCUCAAACGAGCUGUUCAGCACCCAAAUAACUACGGCGACCCGGUGUACGCCGCAUUCGACCCGGAGGACUGGGACGCCAUCAUCGUCGGCCAGACGACGGAGAUUGGCGUCUACAAGGUCCCCAAAGCUGUUGAAGUUCCUGCUCACCUCCCUUUUGAACCCCAGCCUUUCCCGCCGGACUCCCCGUACAUGACGCCAGCCCCAAUGCCCAUCUACCCUGACGUCACUAUAAGCAAUUGGCUUAAUGCGAAACCGAUCCCGCCUGAGCCUGUCAACGAGCCGAAGACGAUGCAGCUAACCUGGGAGGCGAAGGACGAGAUGGCUCUCGUGAACGUUCCGCCAACAUACGAAGCCUGCGAAAAGCUCGCGAGGGAGGUGUUCAAGCCGAAGGGUGGUGACCCGAUGUCCUUGAAGGCGGCGGUGCGAAGUCCGAAUGGAAACCCGGGAAAGCUGCUCAUUCAUCCUGGCGUGUACGAAACAUCGGUGCUCAACUACUACGGGCAGCUCCAGCUGUACGUCAACUUCGGGGAUGAGGGCAGAGAUACAAAGGAUAGUGGGAAGGCCCAGAAUCGCGACAUCGACGAGUUCCUCAUGAUAUAG